UUUUCCAUACGUCCUCAUACAUUAUGGCUGUAGAAAAACCUGUUACUGUAGAAAAACCUGUUACUGUAGAAAAACCUACCAUAGUAUCAGAAGAUGACGACUUUGUGGAAUUGAGAAGGUCCCGAAGGAAGUGGUGCAUUGGAGGUCUAGUAGUUGGCAUAAUAUGUCUUGCCGCUGUCAUAUUUGGCAUCGUCUGGGCGGUAACUCACAAGAAGUACGCCAAUGGCACAGCACCAGCAACGGCUGCUCCAAAAACCAACCAUGUAUCUCCUUACGCAAACAUGAGUAAAAUAGUAACGUAUGACGCAAAUAGCCCUGUGGUAAACAAGUCCCGCGUAUUUGUGAUUGGCGACAUUCAUGGAUGCGUUGACGAAUUCAACCAAAUGCUUACUGCAAUCAACUAUAACGCUACAACUGAUCAAAUUAUACUGGCGGGCGACUUGACAGCCACCGGGCCGGAUAGCAUAGGAGUUAUUCGACGAGCUCAAGCAAUUGGCGCUCUAUGCGUUAGGGGCAACCACGAUGACAAGGUUAUCAGGAUGAGGACAUAUCAAAAUGUUAAUGGCCUCGCUUCUAUGUCUGGAACGUCCGUUAUGGAUGAAGGUCCAAAAAUAGCGACCAACUUGACUGAUUCAGACUACGCCUAUCUUCAAAGCUGUCCCGUCAUCAUGGAUAUACCGUCCUUCAAUGCCUAUUUCGUACAUGGCGGCCUGGACCCAACAGUACCCAACAUUAACGACCAAGACCCAUAUUCUGUCAUGAACGUGCGAGAUAUCAACAGUGAUGGACAGCUUACUGCAAGCCACAAGACCGGAGACCCCUGGUCCGAUGAAUGGAAUCAAGCUCAAAAUAGCACUGCUUCUCCAAAAAAUGUGUAUUACGGACAUGCAGCAAACAAAGGCCUCAAUUUGCAAACAUGGUCUUAUGGCGUCGAUUCAGGUUGUGUUUACGGAAGGCAGCUCACAGCAAUAGAACUACACACUCAUAAUAUCACCCAAAUUAGCUGCAAGAAAUAUGCAACCUAAAAAAACUUCAUGCAUGGUAUCAUCAUUUGCAACAUAAUUUCUAUCCUGCGUUUGCAAGAGUAUACCCUAUAGCCUGUCUUUCUCCAUCAGUGUAUAAAAAAUUGUAUCUGACAAAAUAAAAA